AAAUUGAAAGAAAAUAAAGAAAAAAAAACUAACGAUUGACAGAAAGGACACACAUUCGUCCUGGUGUACCUUUUUUUGUAUCGAGUUCCUUAUAUAGCCUCUUUUCUUUCACAAUAUAUUUCAAAAAUUUAUUUAUUCGCAAAAAACUUCUUCAAUGGGUUAAGUGCGCUAAGGGUUACGUAAAAUAUAUACGAAAGGAUUUCGCUUAUUAAGGACAUUUUUUUGCAAAUCGGAUUUAUGGAAUUAUACCCAAAGGAUUCGAGUCAAGUCGAUUUAUGUAUUACUUUUUCACACAAUUUAAGGAUAACCAACCACAAAAAAAACAACAAAAAAAACUAAGGAGUAAUUUUGGAAAGAAGAAAAAGUAUCCUUAAUUGACUGAUGGUUCUGAUGUUGAUGAUCACUUUUCCGUUUAUAUGAAUCCGUUGAUGUUGUUUGGUGAAGCAGAAAAACCUACCGAGACUUUGACGGCCUUCAAUGUCCACACAAAAGCCAAUUUAUCAUAAAACAAACAACACAGAACAACAAACUUUUGGAGAACUACAAUCUGAGUUAAUUAAUAAUUAAGUUACAUCAUAAUUAUUUUUGUAUUAUGUGUUCAAGUGUGAUGAAAAGGACGACCGCGAUCCCAAAACUGGAGACUACAACAACAAAAAAAUCAAGGACUACGACAACGUUAACAACAACAAAAAAAUGUACAAAACCAAAUUGCUACUACUCGAUGAUGAUGAUGAUGAUGCACUGAUGAUUGUGAUGCUGGAUGCCUGUUUUUAUAUUAAGGCUCUGCCCUCGGUAUGACACAAGAUAUUAUGUCCUUCAUGCAGACGACAGUCACCAUCGCUGAUACACUUGCCGCAGUCCUGAACUCUAGCAGUAACGCCAUCAGUAGUAGUAGUAGUAGUAGCACAUCUUCAAUAUUGGACUAUCAGCUGAAUACGAGCAGCAGCACAAUUCAGGGUAUCCUUUUGGCGAAUGUAACCGGCGGCGGCAUCGUGGUGCAGGAUUCAGAGAAUAGUGAAAGUGAGAGUGGCAGUGGGAGCGAUGUGGGGCUUAUUAUUCCCAGUGCGGCAACAGGAGGAGACGAAGACGAAUUAGUUGUCGUCCGUGAGAAUUGGAUCGAAUUAUCUUUAUUUCUAAUUAAAGCGUUCAUCUUUUCAACGAUUAUAAUCGCUGCAGUUCUGGGAAAUGCUCUUGUCAUAAUAUCAGUACAGCGCAAUCGGAAAUUAAGAGUUAUCACAAACUACUUUGUUGUGUCGCUAGCAAUGGCCGAUAUGCUAGUCGCACUGUGUGCAAUGACCUUUAAUGCAUCCCUAGAGCUAUCCGGUGGCAAAUGGCUGUUUGGACCGUUCAUGUGCAAUGUUUACAAUAGCCUGGAUGUGUACUUUUCUACCGCUAGCAUCCUGCAUCUAUGUUGUAUAUCAGUCGACAGAUACUAUGCAAUAGUCCGUCCUUUGGAAUACCCAUUGAACAUGACCCACAAGACAGUUUGCUUUAUGCUGGCUAACGUGUGGGUCCUGCCCGCACUGAUAUCCUUUACACCGAUAUUCUUGGGAUGGUAUACGACGAAAGAUCAUUUAGAGGAAAUGGCAAAAAAUCCGCAUGCCUGUUCGUUUGUAGUGAAUAAGGCUUAUGCCCUGAUAUCGAGCUCUGUGAGUUUUUGGAUUCCCGGUAUAGUAAUGGUCACCAUGUAUUGGAGAAUCUACAAGGAAGCAGUACGCCAACGAAAAGCUUUGAGUCGGACAAGUUCGAAUAUUCUGUUAAAUAGUGUACACAUGGGGCAUACACAGCACGCAAUCGGGAGCCAUCACAUGAACUACAUGCAUCCGAGUGAGUGCGAACUGAAUUUAGCCAGAGAGGAAACGCACAGCGCCAUAAGCAAUUUGGAGGAACUUCCUUCACCAAGUGAAAACGGAAAAGAAGACUGCGACGAACUUCGUGUACCAUCGCCACCACAACGACGACUUAGCCGAAGUAGUAUCGAUUUACGUGAUUUAGAACAGGAACGUUUCGAAAAAGUCACACACACCGAUAGUGCACCCUCGAUGAUAGCUCUGCAUUAUCAACAAUUGCAAUUGCAACAUCAAAAACAACAACAACAAAACCAAAACCAACAAUCUGAAGAUCAAACUCCAACGAAAUGGACCCAAUUCUUACAACCUAAUUCUUCCAAUUUGGCACCCAGUUCUGCCAAUCAUAGUGAAAGUUCAUUCAAUCGAAUAGAUACCACUUUUUAUGACAGAGUUAUGAGUGAAAAAGAAAAAGGAUUACACCUAAUCGGAGUACAAUCGAAAGAUGAAAUCAAUGAAUUCUAUUCGAGCAUUAAAAAUCUACGGAAAUAUCAGCAAAGUGUUGUGCCCAUCGAGGAGGACAACCAACAGCUGAAACGAUUUAUUGAAGAUAACUUUUUCUACUUCAAACAACAAAUCGAUAAAUCCAGCGAUAGCCCUCCAACAAUCUCUGCCAUGAAGCCCCCAAUUAAGUGUUCAGCUGUAAGCGAAAGUGAUUUCAUCAAAAUGAAGAGCGGUCAAGUUGCUAGUUUAUCACCGAGUGAUAUUCAACAAAUGACUCAGAAGCAACGAAAACUUUUUGCCGUUAGUGAUUCGGAAUUUAUUUUCUCUUUCAAUGGGAAACCAAUGAAGAAGAUAUCUUUGAAGAGCGAAAAGGGUGUGCUGAAGAAUCUUCUGUCGAAAACUAAACGCACAAAUGAUUACUUAUCGCUGGAGAAGAAGUGUGAUAAGUCCGAGGAGGAAAUCAGUUGUAGUCGGUCUAGUUUUUUCAGGAAAGCCCGCAACCGAAAACUCUCGCAUUCCUACAAUGGAGUUGGAAAAGCUGUGGGACACCGUCAGAGAAAUCCUAGUGACACUGAUGACUCUGAUGGUGUUAUUUAUCUCCCACGAAUGCUUAGCGAAGGACAUGAAGUUGAGGGCCCUAAGCCUGCAACUACUACCACCACACCCGAUAUCCUUCUGGACCUUCACAAUCUGGGCACUGAUGAUCGAAAUGAACCUGCAGCUAUUAACAGUGUGGAAGAAUUGAUCAACUUCAGUUCGGAAACAACACCACAACGCAAUAUUUACUGCAGUAGCAGCAGUUGCAAUAAUAAUAAUAACAGGGAAACGUCACCAUUGAUGUCGCCUUUACAUCCAGGGACACCCCCACCAUCUUUGACGGCAUCAAUUAUCGAUUCGGACAAUCUAUUCCUCGACACCGAAACUCCCCCGACAACUUGUGAUAAAACCAACCAAAUCUCGGACAGCGAUGAUCUCGAGGAAAUCUUCCGUUCCAUGGGAUCACCGCUCUCCGAUCAGGGUGAAAUCUAUUCGAGCAGUUUUAUGCUGAGCAGUGAUAAUAUUCGACAGCGAUUAAGUACGCUUAGCGAUCAAUUGCCACCAAAUAGAUUUGUUAUUUCACCGCCAACAACACCGAAUUCGGUGAAAAAUCUUCCCGAGCUUAUCGAACAACCUUUGAGUCCUCAAAAUGUCUACUUUUUGUCACCACUUAAUACGGGUUUCUCAUCGAAUACAAACCAAAUUGUCAGUGAUUCAUCAACGAUAUCGCUGGAUGUGGUUACCACACUGCCAGCUCAGCAGCAUAUUUCGACAAAGCCAGAAAUUAUCUUGGAUUCGACUUUAUCGCCAACGUCAGUUAAGAGCGGUGAAAUAUCAGUUGAUGAGAAAGACUUUACAUCACCGUUGCGAGAUAGGCGUGGAGAAGAAAAGCAUAGCUUCUAUUUGGAUGGUAUUCAGAAUGUGCGGAAACGUCAGGCAUCGGUGGUGACUUAUGAUGUAAAUGUGAUAAACUUUACCCAAGACGGUAGUGAUAGCCGUAGUUACAUACCAAUGGGGCGUGUGUCAACGAGUUCAGCAACUCCAAACUAUCAAUCAAAGUCGUCUUUGAAAAGACGCGGUGGCAUAUGCAUUGUUGUAGAUGGAGAUGAACUUGAUGAUGUAGACGAGUCCACUGACACGGCCAUAGAUAGUUUAAAUCAAAAUGCUCCUGCCAAAAAUAGACUUCAACGUUUUGUCACUGGUAGUACAAAAAAGCACAAAAAGAAGACUAAAGCAAAACAUUUCAAAGCGAAAUGCACAUGCUCUUCUCGAACCUCUUCUGAUGAGGUUCAAGGCAAUGAGCAGUCGAAAAAACGGAAAAUGUUUUGGCAUAAGAACCGUUGGCAACACAGGCGUCGGGAGGCUCACAGCGCCGGAUGUCAAUGUGAUGCUAGUGGUGGUUCUGUUCGACCAGGAAAAGGCUGGAGAGCAGAACACAAAGCUGCUAGAACUCUUGGAAUCAUAAUGGGUGUAUUCCUCUUAUGUUGGCUUCCAUUUUUCCUAUGGUACGUUAUUACCUCACUGUGUGGACAAGCGUGCCCUUGUCCUGAUAUCGUUGUUGCGGUCUUAUUUUGGAUUGGUUAUUUCAACUCAACCCUAAAUCCCCUCAUUUAUGCCUACUUCAAUCGAGACUUUAGAGAGGCUUUUCGCAAUACAUUGGAAUGUGUUUUGCCGUGUAUUCAAAAAAGGAAUCCAUACAAUGCAUACUACGUAUAGCAUAGCUAUUAAAUUUAAUUUGUUUAAAAAAAAAAAAAUACUACAAGAAAUUAAUGCACAAAUUUUAUAUCACAAGUCACAAGAUAUAUUUGGACUUAAAAAAAAAAAGAAGAGAGAAAGAGAGAGUGGCUAUAAGAAGGUAUUAUACAAAAAAAAAAAAAAAAAACUUUCCAAAUGAUUUUCAUUUUGAAAUCAAAUUCCAGAUUUUUGAGUAAGCAUGUUUGAUAAGAAUUUUUAUGGUUAGAUGAGUAAGAACUUCUUUAAGGUUUUAGAAAAAAGAUAAUUUUUGUUAGAAUUAAAAAUUGAAAUGGUUUAAGGAAUAUAAAACAUAUUAUAUUUAGUAAUGUACAUGAAGAGUGAGAAAAAGCAUAUAUAUAUAUUUUUUGUUUUAA